UAAAAAACGUCGGUUAUAAUAUCGCGCGAUUGAAAGUAGGAACCUGAUGUUCUUUGUUGUUUUGUCCGGUGAAAUGUUCCUGAUGCACAUCGAUGUUCACGUACGGAAAGAUUAGCAGAGUUAGCAUUAGCGAGCAUGUAGUGGCGCUAAACUAGCAGCGAAUGCUUUCAUACGUGAAACAGCUUUCGUGUAUUUCAGAGUUUGUGUCACGCACAUAGUUUUGGGACUUUUAUCCGCUUGUGGUAUUGUCUGUCUUCUUUUGUUUCGGCUACAGCAUCAUAUUUGUUUUUGUGAGCUCGAGCGGAACGCUAGCUAACAACAUAAGACGGUGUGAUGACAAAGAUUUUUCGCAUAGUGCACGUGUUGAUGGUUAAAUACUGAAAACUGUGAUAGGUGUGCAUAUGCAAACUACACAAGAAAACAAAAAGUGACUGCAGAAUCAGCGAACUGUAGGCCUACGGGAUGGCCGCUGCAGGAGCCGCUGCCGGACCGAGCACCUCGAACCAGGACCUCAUUGAUCUGUACGGGGACCUGAACCCGAACGAUGAGGAUUUGGCAAGACUAGCAGAAGCAAAUGAACUUUUUGAUGAUGUCCUGACUGGUUCAGUCAAUCAAGAAAAGACAGCGAAUGUUGACCGCUCCAAGAAGAUACAAGACAAAGACGAGGAUGAACCAAAACAAGUUCUUGCACAAGCAGUGGGCAACUCACAGAGGAAACUGUCUUUAUACAUUGGAAAUUUCUCCUGGUGGACAUCGGACAAGGACCUAAUGAGUGUGGCUGAAAGGGUGGGAGUGAGGGACAUCAUAGAGAUCAAAUUUGCUGAAAACCGAGUGAACGGACAGUCUAGAGGCUAUGCAGAGGUGGUGGUGUCCUCAGAAGAAUCUCUAAAACUACUAUUGGAAAAAAUCCCCCGGUGUGAACUCAACGGGGAGAGGAUAGACUGUCGCUUUGCUACUCGUCAGAACCUCACUAUGUUCGAAGAGACAGCGAACAAACGUAUUCCCAUCCGUGUUAAUUCUAAAGAUUCCAAGGAGUCCGACUCUUCAGAUAAGACUUCCUCAUUAUCACAGGAGCCAAGUCCUCCAGCAUUACCUGUACCUUUUCCACCCUAUCCAUAUUCGAACAGGUUUCCCUCAAUACCAAGCCCAUAUUUGAAUCAACCGCCUCCUCUGUUCCCCCAUAUGCCGCCAGCAAUCCCUCCGCCCAUGCCACCCCAUAUGUUUCCUCCUCAUCCCCUGCCCGUCCCUUGCCCACCGCCCCCUAGUCUGCACAUAAAUCCUGCGUUUUUCCCGCCGGCUCAAGAUGGACACAGCAGCAAAGCAUACAACCAGCAGAAACACACAUCACAAACAACAGACAGAGACACAGAGGAUCUAAUUAAUAGAAAUCGAGCUAUUGCCAGCAGUGCCAUCACCAAGGCUGUGUCUGGAGCAACCACUGGAGACAUGCAAGUUGCCAUGGAAACACUACUAACGGCAAUCGCCAUCAUUAAGCAGUCCAGGGUAUAUGGGGAUGAGCGCUGCCAGGCCCUGGUCACCUCGCUCAAGGACUGUCUAGUCUCUAUCCAGGGCAACGAAGGCCGCAGGAGUAGCAGUCGUUCCAGGGAUAAAGAAAGAGAUCGGGACAGAGGCCGGGACAGAGAGCGCGAGCGGGACCGAGAUCGGGUCAGAGGCGAUUCCUCCGGCUGGGACAGCGCAGGAAUGUCUCGCAGACAGAGGGAGCGCUCCUGGAGCGGCGAGCGGGUCAAGGGGCGCUCACGGGAACGGGAACGGCAACGAGAACGAGAACGUCACAGAGAUUACAGAGACAGAUACCGCUAAAGGUUGGCGAAGUCUUGACAUGAGAAGCAGAGUAAAGACAGGACUUUCUGUUUUUACACCAAGUGUAAAAAAAAAAAAAAAAACCCUGCCCCCUAACACCCUGGAAACUUAAGGUGAUACAGAGGAACUGUAUCUCCCAAAAGUGUACUUGUUUUAAUCACCAGUCAGAUGUUCAUACAGGGACCUCUAAUUUAAAGUACAGGAAAAAGAUAUGGCUGUAGAUUAGUUGCUGGGACUUAAGAUUUCAGGACUUGCAUGCACAGUAACACUUCUUAACUUGUGUAAUACAGUGUAAUGUUUAUCACCUUUUUUGUAUUGAAUCUGUAAAAU